AUGGGCUUUUCACGCGGCGAGUUCGCCAUCCGAAAGUCGCCGAUCGUGGCCUACGAUCUGGGCGGCGCUCCCAGGAUCCGCGACAUUUGGAAGAUCUACUAUGCCGAGGUAGGGUCUUUGGGUUGGUUGUUUGUUAGGGUAAACUUUCAUUGAUAAUAUAUGUAGUCAAAUUGGGAAAACGUUUGAAAAAACAGUUCCAAGAUAUACAGGUUGCCUUUAGGGACGUCGCUACAGAUUUUAAGGCUAAAGGAUUAUGAUUCUUUGAUCAAAGAACUCGUGUUUUUGCCAUUUUUAAGUGUUUCUUUGUUAAUUUUCUGAGGCUUAGAGUCAAGAAGGUUAAUAUCUUCCACAUUCUAGAUAUUCGCUGUGGUUUACGUAGUGGACAGUGCAGCACAGAGUCGGAUGCAGGAGAAUCGCGAAGUUCUGCGCCAGUUGCGCGGCAACCGAUUAUUACAGGUAAGGGAACGGUUUGAAAAUGGCAGGUACGGUUAGAAAAUGUUUACAAUUGUUUUCAUAACAAAUUAAAUCUAAAUUUUUUAAAAUUUGAAAAAAUAAACUUAUUACAAAACGCUGAUUUUUAUCUCAACGUAUAACUUGUCACCUGCAGGCUGCGCCACGCAAAUUUUGUUUGAUUUUUUUGUUUUAGACAGACCAAAAAAUAGCAAGAAAUUUCUUUACGAAACAACAAACGGCAAGAACUUUGUUUAAAGAUCAAAGAAUGACAAAAACUUUCUUUACAAAACAUAAAAUGGCAAGAAUUUUCUUUACAAAGCUUGAGAUGGCAAAAACUUUAUUCACAACUCAAAAUCUUGCAGGGGAAGCCAAUCUUAUUCUUGUUGAACAAAAAAGACCUGCCCGACGCGGUGGAGGAGAUGCAGUUCAGCGACGAAAUGGACUUGCACAACAUGGCCAUCGAGAAUCGAACGGACAUUCGCGUGGAGCGAGUGUGCGCCGUGAAGGGAAUUGGACGCGACAUCGACCCGCUGAUCACGGACGGCCUCUGCUGGUUGUUGGACCGGCUGCUCAGCCGCUACGACCAACUGAAUCAGGCCGUCGAAGCCGCGGUGCAAGCGCUCAAAGAGCGCCAAGCGCAGGAACGCCUGAAACGCCAGCAUCGGCUCGCAAAUUUCAGGUAAGAGUUUAAGGUUUUGGCUUGAGUUUAUUGGGUUUAGGGUCUAUAUUGGGCUUGUUAGGCUUAGACUUAGGCUUGGGCUUGGUAGACUAAUGAAGCUUAGACUUUUUAAGCUUAGGAUUAGAAGUAGGCUACCUUAACCUUAAUUUUUUUAUAUAAAAAAUGAAAUUUUAAAAAUGAAUGUUUUAGUCGUCAAGAAGAGAAUCAACCCGGUCCAUCCGCAGCACCAUCUCAAACAGCCCCAGAUUCCGCUGAAACCGAGGCAGAAACGGCGGUCGAAAAAGGGACAAAUCGACCGAACGGCGUUAUUAAAAGUCAAAUUUUGGACGUGAAAAAUUUGAUGUCAAUAGUGCCGGAAGAGGAAAAUGGCAUAAGUCAAGAUCCAAGCUUGGAAACGUAUGUUGUCGAAGAUGCGAAUAGUAACCGAGGUAUUGGACAAGAUACGAUGAGUAAUCAUGGUGUUGGACAAGAUACGAACAGUAAUCGAGAUAAAGGGCAAGAUAGGAACAGUAAUCGAGUUACAACGCAAGAUACUACAUCUAGCCACAGUACAGGACAAGAUACGACAAAGACAAAGCCCAGUAAACACAAUGUUGAAAGUAAAGGACAUUAUAAUAGAUCCUAUGUUGAGGAUGAGACGAUAACUAAAAAUGAGAGCAGGUGUAAGAAGAAUGUGGGAAAAGAGGCAAGUCUUGCAAAUAAUGUUGCAAAAGAAACAAAAAUGGCUAGGAGAGAGGAAAAUGAAGGCCAACGUGAAGUUAGUCACAGCCGAUCAACAAAAAGCAGCUCAGGAAGGAGAACGGCCGAUAAAGAAAGUCAAUAUGUGAAACCACCUAAAUUUGGAAAAACUAGGGUAAGUAAUUAUUGGAAAAUGUAUUUUUUAAUUGACUAUGCUAGAAAAAGGUUUAGGUUGCUUUUUCAAUUUUUAAAAGGCUUGUAGUUUCUGUAUUUAAAAUUUUUAAAUAUGUUUUAUACCCUUCAAACCAAGAAAUAACUCAAAAGAGAAAAACGAAUAAUUUUAAAAAAUAUUUUUUGAAAUUUUAAGCAUUUCAAACUUUUUACCAAUAAAAACAUCUCUUUUCAACCCUAUUUUACUCCUAUCAACCCACUAAUCAGCCCCAAAAGGAAAGGGUUCGAAAAGGGAAGAGAGAGGGUCGUGUACGCCCAUAGCCCUUUGAACGUACGCCAUCCCGUCCGAUCUGGCAAGUUAAGCAACGGUGCGCUUGAUUAGUACUUGGAUCGGAGACGUCCUUGGAAUCUCAAGUGGCGUACGCAUUUUUAUCUUUUUAUGUAUAUACUUAAGGUAUUAUUCUUGGGUUUGGAGGGUAGGAUGUUCAGUAUGGUGAUUGUUUUUUUGUUAAAUAAGGGCUUUUUUGAUCAAUUUUGUCAUUUAAUUGUGACGUUUAAUAAAAUGGCUUAAAAAUAAAUUUUAAAAAAUAAUUUUUAGGUAGCUCCAAAUGGCUUCACAAUGUCAGACCGUUCCCAAUCUACAGUAACCUCAGUACCGUUUCAUUUGUUCGAAAUUGGGUCAGAUGGCACUAGAAAGAAGGCAGAUUCCCCAUUAAGAAGGCUACAGUCAGCUCAUUUUGGGAAAGAUCACGUCUUUUUUAAAGCUGGUAAGUUGUAUUUCAAAAGUGGCACAUUAGACAUCUACUAAUGCGACAUCAGAAGAAUUUUUGACAUGAAAUAAGAAUUUUUUUCAAAAUUUGACGUGAACUUAAAAAUUUAUGUUAACCUUGGCAAUAAACCUAUACUUGUCGUUUCAGCGCCUAAACCUAAACUUUUGGUUCAGAACGAGCCGCUGUCGGCACGUUCAGACGUUGAUCGUGAUGGGCCUUCACGUUCUUCAAUCUCUACCUCCAAACUGCUGAAUACAAAACAAGAAAACCGGUCGUAUUAA